AUGUCCAUCUCAAAUUCAUCGCUGAAAUUCGUCGACUUAUCAAAAAACAAACUCCCGUUAGGUCAUGAUAAGUUCCCUAUCUUUAGUAUGUUUUAUCUCGACCUUUCUUUCAACAAAUUUUCUGGUGCCAUUCCUACGACUGUCUCACCACAAAUUAUGGUGCUUCAAUUGAGUCACAACAACUUUUCUGGAACAAUACCUCAAAAAUUUAGGAGUUUAAAUUUCCUCUCUCAACUUUCGUCUCUUCGAGUUCUCAAUCUCAGAAAUAAUUUUUUCCAAGGGAGAAUCCCAAACGAUAUAUCAAAUCUUACAAGUCUUCAAAUUCUUGAUCUUUCUGGCAACAAAUUUAGCGGAGAUGUUCCGUCUACUUUGGGAAAACUCCGUGGAAUGAUUAAUCCCAAUCCUGACAUCUCAUUAAUUUAUACGAUCACCCUACCUGAACAACUUCGAAGUCUAUUAGAAAAACGAGGACAAAUUCCUGAAACCUGUGGGAGUUUGAAGAGUUUGAGAGUGCUAAACAUGUCAUAUAACAAUCUGUCAGGAAAAAUUCCAAGAGCUUUAGGAGAAAUGUAUAAUUUGGAGAGUUUAGACUUGUCACAUAACACUUUUUUUGGAGAAAUACCACAGAGUUUCGGGAACCUACAGACACUGAGUGUUUUGGACUUGAGCAACAACAAACUCAACGGUCAUAUCCCGAAUGGUCCUCAAAUGGACAGACUCAACAAUCCGGAUUCUUAUGCUAAUAAUAGUGGACUUUGUGGGAUGCAAAUUCAGGUUCCGAGUGAUAAAACAGAGCCAAUGGAAGAUGACGAUGACGAUGACGAUGAGAGCAAGGAGACAUGGUUUUCAUGGAUUUUGGCUGGGAUUGCAUUUCCUGCUGGAUUUUUCUCUACAAUAUUGGUUUUAUAUGUUGUUGGUUACUUUCAAAUUGCACCCAAGCGCAGUAGGAGAAGAUAUUAUAUCAAGAGAGGUGCUUAG